AUGAAGCUGCGACUUCGCUGGCGAAGGAUGGCGAAGGAUGCGUCUUCGCUGGCGAAGGAUGCGUCCCCGUUGAGCAAAAAGCCAAUGAUCCCUUCUGCUAAGAAGACUCAAGUAAGAGCUGCUCCCCCGCUAUCAGCAAGGUUUAAACAUCUCGUUGGUGCAGAUAACAAGAAGAUUGGUAGUACACGCAAUAUUUGGGAUGUUCCACUCAAGCCUCCUACAGACAAGCUUGGAGACCAUGAUCUACUCUGUGAAGUGGUCCGCUUGCGAACUAGUUCACUUGCUGAGAGGCAAGGAGAUCCAAGGGAUGAAGAUCGAACUGGGAGGUCAACUCAUCCGCUCAACCAUUGCAAUCUAGUUGUUAAGUCACGAGCAGUCAAGCGUGGAGUUGUUUCAUUGUUGUUGACUCCUUUAGAGGUGAGGAUGGCAGUGGCUAAGAAUAUGGGAGAGUCCUCUACUUGGGGGAAGGGCUCUUCUGCAACGUCAGCGGUUGAUCCCAAGGUGGACACGUCUAGUCCUGCAGGGGAUGUAGGCGUGUCUGAUCUACUGAAGAUGACCUUUCUGUUAAGCCCGUUUGCUUGUGUCAAACUAGUUGAUCAUAUCCAUCCGGCUGGGGGUCUUGAUACCUUUUCAAGUAUUUUCUUGGAAAAACAAAGGAAAGCAACAAAUACUAAACUGGCGAACAAGCUUUUUGCUGAUUUGAGGGCGAUGAUAUAUGAGCUGAAAAGCUCCCUUGCCGAGAAGAAUUCCAAGCUUAGCUCUUCUACUACUGACUUGGCUAGUCGAAAAGAUGCCUACUUCCAUCUUGAGGGCAAGAAUGCUGACAUCUCCCUCAGCUAUGACAAACUUAUAGCUAGACUUCACGUCCACCAUAAGUCCGAAGCCAUCAUAGAUGAGUACAAGUUGGCAUACUGCACUGCGCAGAUGGGACUGCUCCCUUCUAUGCAAUUGAAGACGGAGACAUUGGGAUGCUCUGCCUUGACUUGUUCCUUGUGUAAGGCGCCCGAAGAGGAGGUAGCUGGAGAGGAUAGAGUAGAGGAAGACGCAGGUGAUGAGAUGGUGGCAAACGUCGUGGAGCAAGCAAGUGGAGCUAUUGAAGGCAUGGCUGAUCAAGUGGACGCCAAAGAGGCUACAAAUCAGGGGUCUCCUACCGACGUCUCAGAGUAG